AUGAGCUGCGGCCCAGAGUCCCCACGGCUGGCGGCUGCCGUCGCGUCCCAGUUUGUGACGCUCACCAGCGCCAGCCUGGGCAGCCGGCGGGGCGGCAAGGAGGCCCGCACCGGCCAGCAGCCCGGCGGCGAGGCGGCACCGGCGGAACCCUUGGCGGCGGCGGCGGCGGCGCCCGCGCCAGCCUCCCCUCGGCGCUCCCCUGAUGGCCUGGACAUGGCGUGCCUCAACGGCGUCAGGGCCCUGUCCUGCCUGGCCGUGCCCGUGUACCACUCUUGGCGUGUGUGGAGCCUGCUGGAAAGCUACGAAUCCGUUGUGGUGCCCCUGACGGAGCGCAGCUGGAUGCUCAAGUGCGCUGCAGCGGCCCCUCACUAUGCACGCUAUGCCUGGCUGCCUGCCUCCUGGCUGGUCUCCACCGCCGGUAAUUACAGCGUGGAUGUGUUCCUGGUGCUGACCGCCAUGCUGGCAGCCCACCACCUCAUCCCGCUGCUGGAGCGACCCGACACCACCGACGGCGCCACCACCACCACCACCGGCGCCGCCAACACCGGCGGCGGCGGCAGCAGCCUGCGCCGCGUGGCGGGCUACUGGUCCCGCCGCGCCCGCCGCAUCCUGCCCGCCUACCUGCUGACCAAUCUGCUGAUGCUGGCGGUGGGGCUGGUGCCCAAGGAGGGGCUGCCUCCAGACGUGCGCGUCGUGCGCAACUUCAUGUUUGGCUCCUGCCCCCGCGGCGUCCUGUCCCACCUCCUCUUCAUCUCCAACUUCCGUCUGGUGGCCCCCGGCCGCGUGCUGCCAGAGGACUGCGGGCGGCAGCUGUGGAGCCUGGCGGUGCAAGCGCAAUUCUAUCUUGCCUUCCCGCUGCUGCUCUGCGCGCUGCGGCCGCGCGCCCGGGGCUUCCGCGCCCGCGUGGCGGCCGCGCUGGCGGCCGCCGCGGCCGCCAGCGUCGCCUGGCGCUGCUGGGCGGUGGCGGUGGCGCCGCCCUCCCUGCACCUGCCUUUCGGCGACCUGGCCUUGCCCGAGGAGGCGGCAGCCUUUGCCUCUGUCACCUAUGCCACCUACUUUCCAACCCAGGCCCGCACCGCUGAGCUGGCGCUGGGCGCGCUGCUGGGCCUGGCGCUGCGCACGCCGGGCGCGCUGCGCUGGCUGGGGACCAGGCGCGUCCUGGUGGGAGCUGUGGCCCUGGCGCUGCAGGCCGCCUGCACGUACCUGGCGCUGGGGUGGAGCGCGUGGGGGGGGCUGCCCGGCACCCAGGCCUGGCACCCCGCCACCACCCGCGUGUUUCUGGCCCUCUUCCAGUGGGGCUCUCCCUUUGUGGCGGCCGCCAUCUGCGCCACCCUGCUGGCGCUCAUGCUGCGGUCCGACCCGGUGCACGCCGCAAUGACGGCCGCCCUGGGCAGCGCGCCGCUCAAGCACCUGGCCGACCUCUCGUACAGCAUCUAUCUCCUGCACGAGCUGGCGCGGUACUGGAUCGUGCUGUACGUGCUGCCCCCGGGCCUGCUGCCCGCCCUCACCGCCGCCGCCCCGCUGGCCGCCUUUGUGUUCCAAGCCGGCUUCACGCUGGCGGGCGCCUACCUGGGCGCUCUGCUCAUGUACGGCCUCGUGGAGCGCCGCUUCUGA